UUUAGUUAAAAUAUGAAAAAACAAAGCCAAAAGGAAAUGUUGAGGCUAUAGCUGGAAAAAGGCUGAACCAAAGGAUCUAGGGUUUUCUUCGCCUUCGAUCUCUCUGUCUUCUCUAACUUACAUGCAAAAUUAACAUCAUCUUUCUGCAAUUCCACCUGCAUAAUUCUUAGACACGUUUCGAUUUUCAAAUGAUAACAGAAACUUCUUUAAACGUUUUCAAAAACGGUGACGGAUUCAAAGAGAUAGCACUAGGGUUUUCAUUCUGAUCGGAAUCGAAUUCCGAUUCUUAACUGUGAACGAAAGAUUUUGAAGCGAGAUAGCUGUUUUAUUUCUUGUAAAUAUGCGAGGAUUGCAUAAAGGGAAAAGGGUUUCAUGGGCAUCAGAUCUUAAUCUCCGUCAGGUUAGGUUGUUCUUGUCUGAAGAUUGUCCUUCCCAAGUGGGAUUGGGUGCUCAAGAUCACCUUCAGGCAAAGGCAUCCUGGCUCUUGCAUUCAACUGGUUCAGGUUCUGACGACACUUUGCCUCCUGGAUUUGAAGUAGCUCAUCCAGAGAAUCAGUGGCAGAUUAAGCUCUCACAAAUUCCUGUAAAUCAAUGGAGAUGUCCACCUAAGUUUGUGCUGAAUUUGACGUGGCGAGUGGUUGUUGGUGAAGAAAGCCAAGAGGUAGAUGUUGAAAAUCAGAGAGAGAUGAGAGUACUUGAAGCGGUUUAUCCUCGGGCAUCUGCAAUUCCUCCUAACCCUUCCGUAGUACCUGAUUCAGAACGUGCCAAUGUCGAUGACAGUCAGACACCUCUGAUUCCCAUUACUCCAGUUGAAGACGAAGAUGGAACAACCGAGACCUCCUCCGAUUACGCAACUCCUGCCGCUGUCCUUAUGAGUGCACAGCCCUCCCUAUUCGCUCCUGCUGGUACAUCCACAUCUCAACAUGCUUUACUGAAUACGAUGUCUUCUACUUCUAGUGUGAGUUCCAUGGCUGGAAUGGAUCUUGGUAAUGAACGUGAUGUUGUAGCUGCUGCAUCAGCAGCACUCAGUGCACUUGUGAAGAGCAAUGAGGUAGGCAACUCGAUUGACCGCGAAUUGCUUGUCAAUAUUCUCAACAAUCCAAAAAUGAUUGAACAGCUGGUUGUGGAUUCUGGUGCUGUUACUAGCACUCAAAAGCCAAUAUCGUCUCCUGACCCACCACUUGUACAUAUGCAUAUGUCUGAAACCAAUGUCACCGUUACGCCUUCAUCGAGCAGUCAUUUUUUCUCUCAACCAAAUGGAGGGAGUGUAGGACCUGUCCCGAACGCACACCCUUCCUCAAGGGGUGUACCGGUUUCUUCCCUGCCCUCCACUGGAGCCCCAAUGAAGGACUUGAAUUACUAUAAAAGUUUGAUUCAGCGACAUGGAGGGGAGAGACAAGACGAUCCCCCUCGGCAGCAAUUUGGGAGCCGUCACAACCAGCCAUCAGGCACAAACCAGGAGUUCUUACAAAACCAGCCAUCAAGAGACGGGAAGUUCAAGAUAAUGAAGCCUUGCAUAUAUUUUAACAGUUCAAGAGGAUGUCGACAUGGAGCCAAUUGUGCAUAUCAGCACGACCCCAUGUUCCAGCAGAGAAGUAGCGUGCCAGAAAUGCCUAGCUCCAAGAGAACAAAAGUUGAUAGAGAAAUCAGCAGUUAAAAGUAGAGUACCGUUACCGAUGCAUGUGGAAGUCGGGAAUGCUAUGCCCAAGAUUUCAUCUCUUUAGUUGGAAAUCUGUUUAAUUGUUCUCUUUUUUAUCUUUGCCUGUACAAGAUAACCAUGAUGAUUUUGGAUGAGGCCAGGGCCUCUGUUGCCACCAUUGUUUUAGUAAUUUUUAGUAUGAAACAGAAUGUCCUUUUGAUGGUGAAUUUGUUGAGAAGAGAUGAUAGGCUUUUCGAAGUUGAAAGUUGGAAGGAUUGUUUGAUCAAAA